CAUCACAACCUAGGUAAUUGGAAGAAUUAGCUACUAUGAUUCUUUGUUGAAACUUAGGUUUAGUAAAAUAGAGUAACCAGAUAAUAGGUUCUAUCAAAUGGAAACUGGAGAAGGUACUUCCAUAGUCGUAUCAUUGUUAAUUUCACCCUCAGUAUAAUAUUAGUGUUGAAUAUAUGAAAGUUUGCUUUCGAUGAUUUCAGGUGAUUUGAGACAAUCAAGAUGGCUUUUUCAUCAGUUUUCAGGAGAGGAAAUGUCAAAGAAUUGAUCUCAAAUGUUUCGGUCUACACUAGCGCAGCAGAGUCAUCUGGAGGAUUGAGCUUGAUUUUUAAGCGUUGGGCCACCAAAAAGACAGCUGGAUCAACAAAAAAUGGCCGUGACUCUAACCCUAAGUAUUUGGGUGUUAAAAAGUUUGGCGGAGAGAAAGUGGAGCCAGGAAACAUCAUCAUCCGCCAAAGAGGAACCCGCUUCCAUCCUGGGAACUACGUUGGCAUGGGGAAGGACCAUACUCUCUUCUGUCUGAAAGAAGGACAUGUGCGAUUCGAGCGCAACAAGCUGACUGGCAGGAAAUGGGUUCAUGUUGAUCCUGUUGCUGGGCAUGUGCUCCACCCUGUCUACGCCAGUGAUUCGACCCCUGCAGCUGAAAUGGAGCCAUUGUAAUGGCUUUACAUGGAAUGAAGUAACAUAUGUUGCUGACAGCUUUCGUCCUUGCCUUGAGAGUGACUUCUCUAAAGAAACUUAUUGCGAUUAAGAGGCUUCUGGGUUGAAUUUGCUUGCAAUAAGGAACCUAACCAUCAUGUUUAGAACCCUUUUGUUUUUGGUUCUUGCUGUGGCUUAAAGUUGUUUGUUUUAAGUAUCCUUUGUGAUUUGUGGCAUGAAGGUUGACAAACCUACAUGAUUUAUGAACACACAGAAAUUCUAAAAAUGUUGCUUGGGCCGGGAAAGUCAAGAUGCUUAUUUUUCUUCGAAAUACCUAUGGAA